GACGCGACAGGACCGCGACGUUCGCGCUGCGGCCGGCGGCGCGGGCGCCAUGGAGCGCUGCUCGGGCGCUUUGGAGGAGGCGGCGGACGGGGCCCGGCAGCAGGAGCGGCACUACCAGCUGCUGUCGGCGCUGCAGGGCCUGGUCAAGGAGCUGCCCAGCUCCUUCCAGCAGCGCCUGUCCUACACCACACUCAGCGACCUGGCCCUGGCGCUGCUCGACGGCACCGUGUUCGAGAUCGUCCAGGGGCUGCUGGAGAUCCAGCACCUCACCGAGAAGAGCCUGUACAACCAGCGCCUGCGGCUGCAGAACGAGCACCGAGUGCUCAGGCAGGCGCUGCGGCAGAAGCACCAGGAAGCCCAGCAGGCCUGCCGGCCCCACAGCCUGCCUGUGCUCCAGGCGGCCCAGCAGCGCGAGAUCGAGGCAGCAGAACAGCGGAUCCGUGAGGAGCAGCGGGCGAUGGACCAGAAGAUCGUGCUGGAGCUGGACCGGAAGGUGGCGGACCAGCAGAGCACCCUGGAGAAGGCAGGCGUGGCUGGCUUCUACGUGACCACCAACCCGCAGGAGCUGACCCUGCAGAUGAACCUCCUGGAGCUCAUCCGGAAGCUGCAGCAGAGGGGCCGCCAGGCAGGGAAGGCGGCCCUGUGAGCCCACCCAUCCCAGCCGGGAGCAUCGCCCUGUCCCGCAGUGACCACAGGCAGCAGACAGCCCCUGGCACUGGUCUUCCUGAAGCCUGGCCACCACCCUCCCAGCAGCCUGCAGGAAGAGCACCCUGUGAGGAGAAGCCAGGUGGACCACACCGUCCUUGCCCCCAACCCGGGCUGGUGAGGGCGGGCAGGCAAAGGGCACUGUGGACCCAGCUGUCUGGCUGCCUGCCCUGGCCUACCUCUUGGCCCCUCCCUCGGUAGGUGCAGCUCCUGAGAGGAACAGGCUCCCAAACUGUGUGUGACCCCAAGAAAUAAAGCUGCCUCAGCGUGGCCUGCA